UUCGCCAUGUCCAAAUCAGAAGAGCCCCUUGGAAAAAGACGGCGUAGCAUGGAUCCUCAAACUAGUAGUAGUUACAUGGAAACAUUUCAUGAAGGUAUGCGCUCUAAGAGAAGAUACAGUUGCCCUGAGCCAUCUUUACGGUCUGAGGUACCCAGCCAGGAAUGUCUCGUCAACCCGACCCAACAGAAAAUAAGUAUGAUGAGGGUCAUGGGUCAAAUAAGCCACAGUUCAAGAGUCAAUGCUCUCAGGGAAGAAAAGAUGCAGGAAAUACAAAGCAUGUGUGUUCCCCAGAAUAUAAAGAAAGUUAGAAACUUCUGGAAGUCUAAUUUAGACAGCCCAGUCCCAACAGAAUCACCAAAAGUAACAAAAAGAAGUUGCAGUGUUGAUAGUGCGGAUGGAAGCAACAAAAAGUACAAACCUCAGCUUUUCCCAAAACCAUGUCUACCUAAACAGUACUUAGCAAGACACCACAGCUCCCCCGGUACGACCUUCUCAACAAACUCAAAUGACAGCUUAAAAAACACAAUCCCAUCUUCCACCUCCUCUUCAGGAAGUAACCCUCCACAAAACAUACCGUGCCACGUGACGAGUACACAAAACAUACCCUGUCCUGAUUCCAGCGCGCCUGUGCUGAGGAUUGAAGUGGAUGACAGCCCCUCCGCAUGCAACCACAACAUACCUACUGACAGAUUCGCUGCUGGACGUUUAUCUCCAGUUUCACCCGCAAGUCCCCGGCUAAGAAGCAAGGCAAUUCACACGGAGCCUCUAAUGAGGUUAUCAACAAGGUCGUCUAGUGGGGAAAUUAGCGAUUUUAAUGAGUUUGUUGAAAAUGUUGUUGACACAGUGCUAGGAAGUGUGUUUGUAGACGUAUCUACUUCCUCCUACAUCAGCCCGGAGGAAUUCGAGGAGGAUACGUAUCUCAAUAACCUGGUAUCAACGAAUUUUAGGAACGAGGAAACUACCGAAGAGACAGAGGACAUGAGAACGAAUGAGGAUGAUUCUAAUACCUCCCAAAGUGACGACCUUGAUUCUUUCGCUGACGGACUCGUGUCCCAAGUUCUAAACGACUUCUUCGCGGACCAGUCCUCUGAGCAACAGAAGAGACAGGAGAUACACGAGAGGAGGAAAUCUAGUUCUAACAGAUCUCCUGCUUGUAGUCCUGAACUCCUCUCAAGAGGAGACAGGUACAAAGCAACACGGUGUAGGCCGGUAGUACCUGCGGAGAUCUGGAGAAUAAGGAGACAACGCUCUUUUGGUCACGAUCUUAGUGACAGUGAACCUGAUCUGCUUUACAUGGAUCUAGAUACCAACUCUCUGGAGAUGUUAUCCAGUAACGGUGACGCAUGUUGUGACGUCAUAUCCAAUAGUGACGUAGUCAACUAUGCUGAUAAACUCAGUGAUGAGAUUAUUGAGGAGGUGUUCAAAAUGUUGUCGUUCCAAGACGACACGAGCGAUGAAGACUCUUCCCCUGACGACGACAGUGAUGACGACGGUCCUGGUGACAACGACCCGGUGCCUAGCGACGACAAUGAUUCAGACAAGGGAGAAUCAGUCCCAGAUUAUGAAGAUGUCUACGAAUUUGCUGAUGAGUAUGUUACCAACAUCAUUUCAUCUGUUAUCACGGAGGUUUCCAUGACAACUGACAGUGGAGUCGAGGAACUCUGCGAGGAUGAUAUUAAUCUGGACGUAAUGGCGCGGUACAUUGUCGAGGACGCGAUUAACGAGGCACUGAACAUAGUACGCCGCGAUUACAAGCCAAUCUCUCCCGCGUACGGACAGUUAAUAGUCCGGGAGAAUACUUGUUGUUGUGUGACGUCACGUGGGGUUCUGAUGACGUCACGUGAUGUUUUGAUGACGUCACCCGACAGUAUUGUGAUCUCGCCUGAGACCGUUUUCAUUAGGAAGGAAUCCCCAAAGUAUGGAACUCUGAUAAUACUCGAUGAUUUGGAGAAGGAUCCUCUGGAUGGAAUGUGUAUUAAAAAACACGGUGCUCUGGCUAGACAGAAUUCUAACUCCUUGCCUAGUCUUAUCACCCCACUCGCCCCCUGCAACACUCGCACUAAAUCCUGCAGCGAUCUAACAGGCAGCGCUGACCCAGUGCUGCGUAAUCUGACCGAACUGUGCAAAUCACUUGGUAUAGCGGACAGCACCAGCGCAGCAGGGCUGGGAGGAGGCGCUGCACCUGGUGGAGGAGGCGCUGCACCUGGUGGUGGAGGCGCUGCACCUGGUGGAGGAGCGCUGUUUGAUCAGAAGUUGAUUGAUUGCUUGAAACCUGGCAGUUGUUUAAAUGUACUAAAGAACGGCCAGCUAAUGGGGAGCCAAUAUAUGAUAAUGAGUGCCGCCCCGCCUUCAAUACCUCCUAGAAGUUCGACGGAAGCUAUUUACGAGAAUAAUUUGGACGUUGUGAUAAGACAUGCGAGAGAGGAACAGAAGAAGAAAAAGAAAAAGAAACGGGAAAAUUACUCGAAACGGCGAGUCAGACCAGGGGCAAAUCUUACCAAACAAAAGUCGCUGCGAAGAAACAGAAGAAAUUUGAGACUUAUUAGGAGAGUUUCGUCAAGAAGAAAGAAGGUUGUUGAGUAUUGUGAAGAGACUCCUUGCCUCCCCACCAGUUACUGUAACCUGCCCUCCCUGACUCAGACAUACUUUGUUGCAGAAAACACUGUUCCUAAAUACAUUAGUGAGAUAUCAUACGAGAACAUGGUGCCUAAAGACGUCCUGAAGCCCUCCCCUGUCGCGCUGAAAAGACUGACAUCAUUCUCCAUGAACAGGGAUAUUUCACCCUUUGUUAUGGCAGAAUACGAAGGUCUGAAAAAAGUAGAGCAAGCAGAGAAAGGCCCUCCUACGAAAGGUCCUCCACCUCCUCCUCCUCCCGUUGAGAAAACUGUUGUAAUCAUAGCAGACAAAACUGUAAAGGAGGAGGAGGAGGAGGAGGAAAUGGACGAUUAUAACGAUCCAGACGUUCACAAGGAUUUGCCGGUGAUAGUGCCUACUAAUGUUAGUGUGGAGGAGAGUAAGGAGUUGUCAGAGUUGUACGGGGAUGAUUACGAUGAUCUGGAUAGUAUCUUUAACAGGCCCCUACCAAACCCCACUACCCCUGAAACAACAGCCGCUCAAAAAGAAGAAGAAGAAGAAGCCAACACUCACUACUACGAACCGAGUAAUGUACACAAUGGUGAGGAUGAGGACGACGAGAACCAUUUUUACGACGAUAUUAACGGUAAUGCGUUUUACGACGAUAUUACGGAGUAUCAUAAGGCUUGUGACAAGGAGAUUGAGAAGAACGGUUACGAAUCAGUCGGAGUAGAGCCCGAGGUUGACUACACGGGUAUAGACGACUCAGCUAACGAGAGUGAGGAGGAGAGUGGGGAGAACCAUGAGUUGGAAGAGGUGGACGUGUCCGACCUGCAGGUUGAGGAGGUAGAACUAGAUGAUUUGUACGGAGACGAUUACGGAGAGUAUCCGGUUACGUUAGACCCACUAUCUCACAUCCUGACCUCCCCACCAUCCUCCACAGGACCAUUCGACCAGGUGAACCUUCCUCUCGGAGACAACCUUACUCCCGGAGACAGUGUUCCUUCUGGAGACAACCUUCCUUCUGGAGACAACCUUCCUUCCGGAGACACCAUCCCUCAGAAUCUGAUCCCAUCCAGCUCUUCUAGUUCGCUCCGUACUUCUUUUCUUCACCUGUACGAUAAUCAGCUGCCGGAGCUACAGGAUCAUUAUUAUUACAACCUUGCUGCGCGGCGUUCUUCUCGGAGCAUCAGUACUGGUUCGUCCUCGUUGCCGCGGGAACACGAAUCCUUCCACUCAGCGAUGUCUCACAACUCCAUCUUCUCUUCUGGUGGCUCCAGGAGUAGUUCUACUAAGUCUUGUCACAGAGGAUCCAUCACUAGCAGAACCAGUCCAAUAGCAGCGCACUACGACACGCUCCCCAUACGUAACCAAGGUUACGAGAACCUAGAAACGCGAAAGUACAUCAUGUCUUGGCACGGUACCAACGAAAUGCAUCCACAUAUCCCACUAUCCUCAUCACAGGUGAGAUUAUCACAUGAUCUGUCACGUGAACUAAAAACCACCACCUCUCAGCCCACCCUUCUUAGCCACCUCCCGCCUUGUAACCUACCUAGACACUCCUCAACCUCACCUUUUACUAGUUUAUCUGAUAAUAAUGUGCUGUCUAGCAACGACCUCUCGUCAAGUGUUAGCUGCGACGAAUUUUUGGACGAAGAAGGGUAUGAAGUUCCAAUGCAUACAGAAACCUCUAGAAAUACAGAAUGUGGUAAAGAGGAGGACGGUUCACCUGAACACUGUUACGAGCUUAUCGGAGAGGACAGCAACCUCAUCGACCAGGAUUCGUCACACCUCUACGAGUUUAUCUCCGAACACAUGGAUCAAAGUUUAAAACCGAUCCCAGCUCCUAUCAGAACCAGUACCGAUCUAACAGAGGACGAAUUGUAUGAAGAUAUUGAAGUGUCCACACCAAACUACAGGACACACAACACCACAAUGUCUCAGUACAACACAGAGUACGAGACACAGUACGAAACGUUAGAAGACAGUGGAGCUGUUACACCGGAGACUCCAACCGUUCAAACAGAGAACAUGUGGCAGUCUCCAGUCUCGUCACGUGAGAACGUAGUGACGUCAUCGGAGAAUAUUGUGACGUCAUCAUCUUCAGAAAACAUGGCUGUUUCGUCACCUGAAGAGGUUUUAAAGACGAGGAGUUUGGGUCGUUCAGUUGCUAUGGUGAAUGGAGGACGUAGAGCCUCGCCAACAAAAUCUCCACUGCGUCGUCUUUCAGCGGGGAAGCCUCAGUGUCAGCUCUCGUCUGAGGAACUCAACAAGUUAAAACGAGCUGCUUUUAUCCCUCCUCCUCCUCCUCCUACCUCACUUCCUGUGUCAUGCCACAGGCCCCGAUCUCCCUGCAUAACAGACCACAACAACCCCCGGAUAAACCCAUCAACCAGUGCAAUGAGUCGCAGAUCUUCUAGCUUCGUCAGCGACGCUUCUUCUUCUGGACAAACAGACGACAAGGAGUCAGGAGGCGACUCAUCAGACGAAUCGCAUGUUUCUGAUAUUGAGGAGGAAGCAGCUGCGGUUACUCCAGAAAGUGACUCUCUGAUAAUAGGGGAGGCUCUCUGGGAUCAUCUCCCUCUUUCUAAAGACCAUCUGGAGUUUAAAGCGGGCGACCUUGUCGAGGUGCUACAGCAGAAUGGUAAAUGGUGGCGAGGGAGAACGGACAAGGAGAGAACUGGUUGGUUUCCUGCUGACUCAGUCAGGUUACGAAUCUCCCAAGAGGUUGACGAACAGGAUGUUAGACAUCAAGAUAAAGGAUCACCAAGAAGGAUUACGAUAAUGCAGCGUAUGAGUACGAUGUCAGGAAAACAGAGACUAAAUCCAGAGUGGGUAAGACAGAAGGUUAUAGAGGAGAUAAUUAAUUACGAGGAGGGAUAUGUUAAGAACCUUAAAGACGUUAUUGAGGGUCCCUUAAAAGAAGCUAGACUCAGAAAAGAUCUUUUCAACGAUAACCAGAUAGAACGACUUUUCAAUAAUAUCGAAGAACUUUUCGAAUUUCAGGUUCAGUUUCUGGAGUCACUAAAGAACCGAUUAAAGACAAUCGUACACAAAUCAGAAAUAGGGGAUACGUUUACAGAGUACCAGGACAAAUUCGUGGAUAUUUAUAGCAGGUACUGCAAUAAUCACAGUAGCGCACUCGCUGAGUACACGAUACUAAAUCAACACAUGAUUUACACCAUCUUCUUCGAAUCAUGUAGACUACUUAAAGACAUGGAGAGCAUCCCGUUAGAUGGGUAUUUAUUAAAACCGGUUCAAAGGAUUUGUCAAUAUCAGCUACAACUUAAAGAACUACUGAAAUACACUACCUCAACACACCCCGAUCACGCCAAGGUAAAAGAUGCAGAGUGUAUCAUGAGCAAAGUUGCUUCAACCGUAAAUGAAAGGAAGAGAAGAACAGAGAAUAUCAACAAAUUAGCACAGUGGCAGUCAACUAUAGAGGACUGGAGAGGGGAGGAUAUCUUAGUCAAGUCCAGCAUCAUGAUCCACAGUGGAAGUCUUUACAAGAUUAGCGCAGGCAACAAACAGCUGCGGAGAUUUUUCCUGUUUGAUAAGCAGCUGGUGUAUUGUAGGAAGGUGCUAGGAAGUGGAAAAUUGCAGUACAAAGGAAGGAUAAACUUGGAUCAGUGCCAAACUGUUAAUCUGGACGAUAAUUCAGAACCGGGUGUUGUGAACGGCUGGAAGAUGGAAAACAGAGUUAAAAACAAAUGGAUUGUUUUGUUUUGCAAGAAAAGUUCAGAUAAAACGGCCUGGUUAGACGCACUGAAAGAGGAACGUCGACAGGUGGAGCUUGAUGAGGAAAAUAAUUUCGUGAUACCUGAAGCACAGAAACAAGCCGCGUACGUCCAGGUCACCAGAUCUAACUCAACUCGAAGCAAAAAGCUUAACUCUUUUUCGCAUAAAUAUAAGUCAACUUCAGAUUUAAGAAACAGUUUAUUAGUGGACCCAAUCCCUAGGGACAGUAAAAGUAAAUCAAAUAAAAAGUUAAAAGGGUUUUCUAAUAAGAUGUUUUUAAAAAAGCAGAAGAAGUUGUUACACUUACAUGACUAGGAUGUUUGCUUUUUCGUUUGUUUAUUUUGUAAUUCACACAGUUUUAGUAUUUUUGGGAUGGAUUUAUUUGAUUUUUAUUUUAGAUGAAUUUCGUUAUUAUAGCUGAUUUUAUGUAUGUGGCAAUGUCAGUGUUUGUACUAAUUAUCCGCAUCUAUUUUCAAAUAGCCCAGAAUUUUAAGACGGACGUUAAUAUUCAAAUGAAAAUAACAUCAGGAUUUAUUUGUAAAAGCGUUAGUUUAUCAUCAUAGUUGCUAUGAAAGUUUUUUGUCGUAAAACUGUUUUACGUUUAUUUGUCACAGACCACUUUAAUUAGGAGCUGCUCAAGAGGUAUGAUGAUAUAAUAACGUUAUAUUGAUUAGAUGCCUUUUAAAUGAUGUUUCUAAUAAUACUGAUAGUGCUACUAAUCAUUUGCCUUUUAUACUAUCA